GGCUCCGGAGAGCCGGGUCGUGGGUGAGGUGACUGGAUCGAGAAGGCGUGACAGGACUCUUUGUCCCCACUGCACAGAGGCGGGUCUGAGGCUCGGUGACGCCUCCCUGAGUGCCUCGCGCCAGGCCUGCGAUAGGGAGCGCCGUGCCCCGGUCGUCCGCGGCUCCUGCCCCUGCUCCGCUCAGAGUCCGAUGGCUGCGGCUGCGCUGAGGGACCCGGCUCAGCAGGGCAUCGUGACCUUUGAAGAUGUGGCUGUGCAUUUCUCCUGGGAGGAAUGGGGUCUCCUUGAUAAGGCUCAAAGAUGUCUGUACCGUGAUGUGAUGCUGGAGAACUUGGCACUGAUAAACUCCCUGGGUUGUUGGCAUGGAGUGGAUGAUGAGGAGACACCUUGUGAGCAGUGCAUUUCUUUAGAAGGAGCGUCCCAAGUCAGGACUUCUGAGGCAGAACUAUUUCCCCAGAAGGCCACCCCCUGUAGGAUGUGUGGUCUGGUCUUGAGGGACAUUUUGCACUUGGCUGACAACCAGGGAACACAUCAUGGACAGAAACUGUAUAGGUGUGGGGCAUGUGGAAAACAGUUGUAUUUCAGUACAGAUGUUUAUCAGCACCAGAACCAGCACUUUGGAGAGAAACAUUUCAGAAGCAAUGUGGACAGAGCCUCAUUUGUGAAGAGCUGCAAAUUUCAUGUGUCAGGGAAGCCCUUUACCUGCAGGGAAGUUGGAAAGGACUUUUUGACCACCUCAGGAUUUCUCCAUCAACAGGCCACUUGCACUGAGGAGCAGUCAAAUAGAAAUGAUUGUGGGACUGUUUGUCGCAGUGGAAAAACUCAUUCCAACUGUGGAGAAUACAGAAAAGCAUUUAGCCACAAACACACACUUGUUCAGCAGCAGGGAGCCCUCACUACAGAAAGAUGUUACAUAUGCAGUGAAUGUGGGAAAUCCUUUAGCAAAAGCUACAGCCUUAAUGACCAUUGGAGAGUUCACACUGGUGAAAAGCCUUAUGAAUGUGGUGAAUGUGGGAAAUCCUUUAGGCAAAGCUCUAGCCUCAUUCAGCACCGGAGAGUUCACACUGGUGUACGCCCUCAUGAAUGUGAUGAAUGUGGAAAACUAUUUAGCAAUAAGUCCAACCUCAUUAAACAUCGGAGAGUUCAUACUGGUGAAAGGCCAUAUGAGUGCAGUGAAUGUGGGAAAUCCUUUAGUGAAAGCUCUGCACUGCUUCAACACCAGAGUGUUCACACUGGAGAAAGGCCUUAUGAGUGCAACAAAUGUGGGAAAUUCUUUACCUAUCAUUCCAGUCUCAUAAAACAUCAGAAAGCUCAUAGUGGAUCAAGGCCUUAUAAGUGCAGUGAGUGUGGGAAAUCAUUUAGUCAAAACUCCAGCCUCAUUGAACACCGUAGAGUUCACACUGGAGAAAGGCCUUAUAAGUGCAGUGAAUGUGGGAAAUCCUUUAGCCAAAGCUCUGCACUCCUUCAACAUCGGAGAGUUCAUACUGGAGAAAGGCCUUAUGAAUGCAGUGAAUGUGGGAAAUUCUUUACUUACAGCUCUAGUCUCCAGAAACAUCAGAGAGUUCACACUGGAUCAAGGCCUUAUGAGUGCAGUGAAUGUGGGAAAUCCUUUACUCAAAACUCCAGCCUCAUUAAACACAGGAGAGUUCACACUGGGGAAAGGCCUUAUGAGUGCACUGAAUGUGGGAAAUCAUUUAGCCAUAACUCUAGCCUCAUUAAGCACCGACGAAUUCAUAGUCGAUAAGGGCCUUAUGAGUGGCAAAUGUGUAAAAUGCUUUAACCAAUGCGCUGGCCUUGUUACACACCUGAGAGUUAACCUUGGAGAAAGUCUUUAAUUCAGUGAAUGUGAGAAAGCCUUCAGCUGAAGGCCUUUUCUCAUUGGAUACCAUAAAAUUUACAUGGGAAAAACAAACACCUUUGGUAUGUAAAGAUGUGCUGUUUCCUUGUUCAGUAUAACAACUCUGGAGGAGAUCCCUUAUGUUGGUGCCAUCUGCCUGAAUUGCUUCUCAUACAUUCAAACAUCUGCAUAAAUUCCAGGUAUGUAGGAGCUGCAUUGCACUUUUUAACCUGCCCGUGGUCCUUGCCAGACUUAUGUCACUGCCAGUUCUAUAGUGGAAGUCAUUUCAUCUCUACCACCUGGCAGGUGCCCGCACUGUAUACCAUUCACCCACCCUAGUGUGUUCAGGUAAAUGAGCCUCAGUGUUCUGUUCAUGGGAGGACUUUGUAAGUAAGUAGCCUGAGCAUUUAUUCCUUUCUUGUUUGUUUCUCUCUGAUGAGUUAGGGCAUGGACCUGAUGCAUUUUGGCCCAGAAGAGUCUCCUGGUGACUUGAAAAGAUGGACUACCUUUUUCAGGGAUAUUGUUGGACUCACAUGACUCUUGUGAUAGAAUUUUCCAGCUUCCAAAUCACCAACUGUGGGAACUGCCUGCCUCCCAGUGCUCUGGGCCAUCCAUGAUGUUCCAGUCACCAUGGCUAAGAAGUAUGAGCAGGUACAGAAAUUCUCAGGACCUCCAGAACUGUGUAUCUUGUGUAUCUGAGGUCAUUGUCAGAGAAGAUAAUCUAAAGGUUUUAUGGAUUUUUGUAGCCACUGGGCUGUUCUCAUCAAGGCCUUUGGAGUGCAGGCAGGAAAACCAGUAUAGAGAGAAGGGAGUUCUCAGUUUAUCAGUAUGGCCUUUGUCACCUAGCCAACAUUCCUGUUGAAUCAAGUGGAAACAGCCUUCACUGCUCACCUGUUUGCUAUCGCUGAUGCAAAGCUGUCCCUCCCAGGGCGUGAGGUGAGAGAAAGUGAAAUCAACAUAGGGUUGUCAAGUCUGAUUUUCCAAAAUAGUAGGAGAUCCAGACUUGUAUUUUGAACCAUAUUUUAAAAUCUUUAAUAAAGUAUAAAUGACAUGCAAUAAAUGGCACAUAUUUAAACUCUA